AUGGAGAAUUGCAAAAGUUCUUGGAAUCUCUUCAAAUUCGCCAAUGAACAUAAUAUGUUGAGACUGUUUCAAAGAUACUUGCUUAUUAUUAAUGAAGUGGAAUUCUCCGAUUUCCUGGAGGAGAUUAAAAUGUACAAUUUGUUUGUUAACAAUGAGGUUUGGAUAGCUCGUCGGAGUUUAACAGAUUACAAACUCUAUUCACCAUACAAAAUUAAAAAUGAUACGGAAAUGAUUUUAGAAUAUGGUGGUAGAUGGAGUGAAAAAUCUGGAUGGAAUCGCAUGGAAUUGUUGCCCACCUCUACCAGAAGAAAAGAUCUCAAAUUUCUUCCUUUCAAAUUCGGUAUAGUCUUAGACGAUUUGAACACUCUGAAUCACCUAUAUGAUUUCAGAUAUCCAGAAAUAGAUUUAUUCUCUAAACAAACGAUCGGUCCAGUUUCCACUCUAUUCGAUUACUGUAAUAUGUCAGUAACUUUAGUUCGUACGAACACGUAUGGUUACUACAUAAAAGAAACCGAUUCGUGGAACGGACUGAUCGGACAAAUUAUGACCGGCGAAUUUAACGUUUUUAUAGGAUCGUCGAUGGUUUUCAGCACGAACAGAUUAAGUGUAGUCGAUUUCCUCACUAUGCUGAAUCCUUUAGAAGUUAUUUUUGUGUAUAGAAAAGCGCCGUUAUCGAACGUAAAGAACAUAUUCUUUGUUUCAUUUAAAAAGCAGCUUUGGUAUGCUCUGUUUGGUUUGUUGGCCAUUUUAGGAAUUGGUUUUUAUUUGGUUCUUAAAUUUGCUGAACUUGUUAAAGAUAAAUAUACUGUUUCUGAUGCAGUAUUGUUAGAUUUGGAAAUGCUAUGUCAGCAAGGAACCAUGUUCGAGCCUCGCAGUCUUUCCUAUCAAAUCCUGAUGUUCUUUGGACUCACAGCUCUGAUGACCACCAAGAAAUUUGAUUCUAUCCAGGAUCUUUACAACAGCAGAUUCAAAGUCAUUGCUCAUAAUACUUCUUACAUGAAGUUCAUAUUGAGUGGGACAAGAGAUAAGUUUUUGAACCAAUUUUACGAGUUAAAAAUCGGUUACGAUAGUCCAUUUGUAUCGAAGGAGAAUUGCGUUGAAAAGCUGCGUCAAGGUGGUACAGCUAUUUUCGGGGAGGUGUUGAUAUUGUAUAAUCUUGCUACCAAAUACUACACGGAGCGCGAAUUGUGUAGUUUGCAAGAGAUGAUCGGCUUUGUGAAAACCGGAAUCGGAUAUAAUCCGUUACCGAAAGGCACCCCAUUCAGAAAAAUGUUUCGAAUUGCGUAA